UCUUUUGGAAAGGAAGCUUUGGAUCAGAAUUCUUUGUUUCGCCACCUCCUUUUUCUUCUCACAACUUUUCUUUUGGCCAACCCUAAGCACAACGUCAUACACAAAGACACAUACAUUUGCCUCGAAGAUACCCACCACCUCUUACCCAUCAAACUCCAUUAACUUACUACUUCCAAGGAACAAUGACAUCCACCUCGUCCCCCCAGACCAUUCAUCAAUCGGCUUCUGUUGGAAGCAUUACCAGUGUUUUCGAUAUUGGAACUGUCGGAGGCAAUGCGGAAGCUCAGUCCACUUCGGAUACCCGUCCGGCCAAGAACGUGGCGCCUCCGUCACCCUUUCUGGCCGAAGACAACACCCUAACUAACUUUUGUUCCGAAAUUCAAGGUGCUCGGGUCCUCUUUGCUACCGAUGAUUGGUUUGCUGCUGCCUCCAAUCUUUGUCGCGAUGAUGACCCCAACUUUGAUCCACUCGCCUUUUGCGAACAGGGCAAGGUCAUGGAUGGCUGGGAAACCCGUCGUCGUCGUGAGGUUGGCCAUGAUUGGUGUCUAAUCAAACUGGCCAAGCGAACUUCUCGUAUUGUAGGAGUGGAGAUCGACACGGCCCACUUUACGGGAAACAAUGUCCCUCGCAUCAGUCUGGAGCUGGUCGAUCUGUCCUGUGAAGAAGAAACAAGAAUGGUCAAGGGACUCCCGGGAAGCUUGGAACGACUCUUGCAUGGGUGUGUCCAAGGAACUGGAUGCAACCCCGAAGAAGUGGAACAGGCCGAACAAGUCUGUCGUGGAGUUUCUGCCCCAUGGAAGGAGAUCCUCCCCUGCACUCCCUUGCAACCAGGAUACGAAGCCUCUAGGCUCAAGUUCUUUCACUUUGACGGUGACAUCAAGAACCUUCAUGGAACCCAUCUUCGCAUCAACUACUUUCCUGAUGGUGGCGUGGCUCGCCUCCGUUUGUGGGGCCACUGGGAAGAACAGGACCAAGUCUCACCUAUUCGUCGCCCGCCCUAUGUCCCCAUCAAGACUGGAUAUCGAUGCACAGUGAUUCCCCACAGCAAUGAUGUGAUUCCCUCACGCCAAGCCUAUGAGUUCCCGGAGCUAUCGGCUGAAGCCUUGGGAGGACUAGCUGUGGCCUGCUCCAACAAGCACUACGGUACUCCUCAGAACCUCCUCGAGGCCACAUUGGGCAAGGACAUGGGCGAUGGAUGGGAGACAGCCAGGCACCCAGAGCGUCCUGCCAGCUGGAAACGAGACAACGCCACUGGCCUGGUGGAUAGUGACUUGAUGGAUUGGUGUAUCAUCCAAUUGGGAAAUGUGGCCACUGAUGGAGUAGCUCGGAUCCUUCUGGAUACCAAACACUUUCGCGGAAACUACCCAGAGUCUGUACAGGUGGAAGGAACCUUUGCUGCUGGAGAGAACUUGCAGGAUGAGCAGGUGGAAUGGUUCCCUCUGGUGUCCCGUUGCCGCAUGGCAGCCGAUUCUGAGCAUGUCUUUGACCGCCAAUCGGAUCAGAUCGAGAACUGCACACGCAAGGUUUCGCAUGUCCGCGUGAGCAUCUACCCCGAUGGCGGCCUCAGCCGUGUCCGUGUCUUUGCCCCCUUCGAUGCGGCGCAGGAAGACGAGGCUGAUUAUACUCCUUAGAAAUUGCCGUGGUUUGCUUCAUUGGCUUACACAAUGUGUAGAAUCGAUGUCAUCGAUUCUUCGCGUUAGGGUGGCACAGAAGGGAUUGAGAACCCCUGCUGCUACAUGGUUCGUUGCUUUUAUGACUUCAUGGCUGAUAUGACUUGAAUCCCAAACAGAUCUCCUGCUACCCGGAGCUCUGGAUAUAUAUUCUUAGCUAAUAACUUUAUAGAUUGAGUUGCAUGUU